UUUUUUUUGCAACGGCUAAAGGGCCUGCGGGUUUAUUAUAAGGCGGAGCUCGGCGGGAGAGGUGCAGGCUUGCGCUGGGCGCCGAGGACUCAGGCAGGCAGUCGGGCGCGAGCUCCAGCGGGCGUACUGCACAGCCCUCGCCCCGGACAGCAGUGAGCGCACCCGGCAGGAGCCCGCGAGAGCAACGCGCGGCGCCUCCAGCGGAGCCGGCCGGGAACCCCUCGCCGCUCGCCGCUCGCAGCCCCGACCCGCGCUGCCCCCCGAGCUCCCGCCGCCGGUCCGGGCAGCAUGAGGCGCGCGGCGCUGUGGCUCUGGCUGUGCGCGCUGGCGCUGCGCCUGCAGCCGGCCUUGCCGGACACUGUGGCCACCAAUGUGCCUCCUGAAGAUCAGGACAGCUCUGGGGAUGACUCUGACAACUUCUCCGGCUCAGGCGCAGGUGCCUUGCGGGAUAUCACCUUGUCCCGCCCAUCCUCCUCCACCUGGAAGGAUGUGUGGCUCCUGACAGUCACACCCACGUCUCCAGAGCCCAUAAACAGGGGUGCCACAGCUGCCUCCACCUCCACGGUGCUAGCCAUCGAGAGGCCCGAAGAGGGAGAGGCAGUGGUACCUGCCGAAGCGGACUCUGACUUUACUGUCCAGGAGAAGGUGGUCACCACCGAGCCCAGGGAGACCACACAGCUCCUGACCACCCAUCGAGCCGCAACAACCAGAGCCACCACAGCCCAGGCCUCCGCCACCUCCUCUCCCCACAGGGCCGUGGAGCCUGGCCACCACGGGACCUCGGCUCCUACCACACCUGACCAAGCUGACCGUCACCUUCCCGGAGUGGAGGCGGGGGUGCCUUCCGCCACCGAGAAGGUCGUUGAGGAUGGAGCCGCCAAUCAGCUCCCAGCAGGAGAGGGCUCUGGGGAGCAGGACUUCACCUUUGACACAUCCGGCGAGAACACGGCCGUGGCGGCCAUGGAGCCUGGCCUUCGGAAUCAGCCCCCGGUGGAAGAGGGGGCCACGGGCACCUCACAGGGUCUCCUGGACAGAAAGGAAGUGCUGGGAGGGGUCAUUGCCGGCGGCCUCGUGGGGCUCAUCUUUGCGGUGUGCCUGGUGGGCUUCAUGCUGUACCGGAUGAAGAAGAAGGAUGAAGGCAGCUACUCAUUGGAGGAGCCCAAACAAGCCAAUGGCGGUGCCUACCAGAAACCUACCAAGCAGGAGGAAUUCUACGCCUGAUAAGAGAUGGUUCUUUCCCUGGUCCCCCGCCACUCACUAGGCCCCCCACUUGCCUCUCUGUGAAGAACCAACCGCAGGCCCUGGCCUCCCCACCACCCAUGCCAUCUCCCCUAGCGCUCUGGCCCCUCCAGCCACUCAGGCUGUUUCCUAGGGUGUGUUGGGGCGCCCACUCCACUUCCCACCUUCUGCCUCAAGGCUUGGGUGCCAAGGGUUUCUCCCAUCUGACCUUCCCACCUCAGCCACGUGCGGCGUCCACCAUUCCAACCCCGUUUCUCCAGAAGAGCGACCCCUCCCAGACCUCGCUCUGGUGAGAAAGAGGACCUGACUGCUUUGGACCUAGAUGGCCUGCCGUGUGGCCGGGGGCAUCCUGGGGCCCGGGGGGGCUUGGCUGAGAGACGCCGUAGCACUUACUGUAGAGACUGGUUGUGGGUGUGGCCAGGUGGCUGGCGAGUGGGCAUCCAGGGCCCCUCAGAAUUCACUUUGUGUCGUGGGGAGGUCUGCUUUAGAUAUCAACUUGUUUUUGCACAUGUUUCCCUUUUUAGUCUCUGUUCAUAGUCCCCGUAGACUUCAUUACUUCCGGGGUAAGUUAAGUCAGUCCCCCAUCUUGCUUCCUUAAUCUACAUUUGGGAGACAGCAUCAGGGUUAAGAAGACUUUGUUGGUUUUAUUAUUUUUUUUUUGUUCGUUUGUUGUUGUUGUUGUUCGUUUGUUUUAUUUUUUAUUUUAUUUUUAUGAACUAGAAGAACCAAAUCUGGAAGCCAAAACACGUAGGGUUAGUAUGUGUGUUGUCUCUUGAGCUUAUCACUCAUGUAUGCAACAGGGUAUGGACAGAAAUGGUUGCUGGCCCCGUUUUUGGUGGUCCAUCGGUAGGGGAGCCAGUCCAGGUUGUCGGAGGGUGAGCAGUCAGAUCUGUGCCCAUGAACUCAGGGCCAUGGCCGAGGCCUGGGCCGCCGUGACCUGCGAGGAGCCUGGGUGAGACUUUAAAUCCUGGCACUCAGGCUGGCGGUGGAGGAGAUGAGACUGUGGGGUGGGGUGGCAUUGGCCAGGGGCCCAGAGACUCUCCUGCCUUGGGCACCAUCUCUGGGGAGGGGUUUCUUUUUCCCCUGGAAGUAGACAAGAGGCAUUUUGGGUGCCGUUGGCACUGGUUCCUCCAUCAAGAACCUGGGCUGCAGUCAGGAAUGUUUCCCAAAGAGUGAGAGUCUUUUGCUUUUGGCAAAACGCUACUUAAUCCAAUGGGUUUUUCCCUGUACAGUAGAUUUUUCCAAAUGUAAUAAACUUUAAUAUAAAGGAGUCAUGUGAA